AUGACUGAAAGUACCGACAUUCAUGGUGAGUUUAGGUUUUUUCCAUGCUGUGGUGAGUCGAUGCCCUACUCCAUGACGCACUCUUGUAAGCGAACCCUUCUUUCAUUUAAUAUAGAUAAUGUGUAUAAUGCAAGAAACUCUUAUACCUGUUUGGGAUCCUUAUCACCGUCCCCUGUACGCGGCAGCACCCAUUUUUCUACAUCUGUAGAUUGUUUUUGUCAGAGCACAGAGAAAGGAAUUUCUCCCUCGAUAUCUGCAGGGGAGUUUUCAAAGAAAGUGGUGUCUUCUAGAAAUUCUAAUGGUAUCAUAAGGAGAAAUGAGAGUGAAGGUAAGGAUGAGAGUAAUAUGAGUUGCCCUCCAAGACGAUCUUCUCAUGAUUCAAUACAAACUGUGGUGAAAACAGUUUUUCCAGAAAUUUCUCUUCCUGAGAGUAAUAAUGGCUUUGAUGUGUGUAAGGAAGAUCUAAAGGGAUUAGCGUCGUCGCGUGACUUUUCGUAUUUCAAUUAUCCUUCUUCAGGAAAACAUUGCUUCAGUAUGACUAAUAAGACUUCCAAAGGAGGUGACGAAGAAAAAAAAAGAGUCGAUGCUUGGAUAAAACCACUUCAGGAAAUGAGUGUCGACGUGGAACGUUUGAGAAGUAGACAAGAACAACUUGAAAAAAGACAUUCUGAGUUUAAUACUUUCUUGCAACAAAAAAAAAGAAAAUAUGGUAAUAAUAUACUAGAACGUAAUUAUUUAGACGAUAGUGAUACCUAUGGUAAUAAAUGUGUUGAUAAACCCUCUCCAUAUGAGGGUAAAACUGCCGAUACUGACCCUAAUACUAAUAGAUCAAUCUUUGGUGAUGGGCAGAACUCUUCUUAUUUAUCACCAUCCUUGACGUCCUCUUCCUCUUGUUCCUCCUCCUCCUCCUCCUCAGUUUCCUACGUGGAGAUUCUUGCGAACCCAACACUGGGGAAAAAAUGUUUUGAAGAUGUAUCUGUAAGGAGAAAUAAAGGUUUUAAAUCUCAUUUCUUCACAUUGUGUACAAAUUAG